AUGUGCGGUAUUUUAGCCUUAAUGUUGGCUGACCGACAUGGUCAGGCUUGUCCUGAAAUCUAUGAGGGUCUUUACAGUUUGCAGCAUCGUGGUCAAGAUGCCGCUGGUAUAGUUACUGCUGGUAAUAAGGGUCGUCUUUAUCAAUGUAAGGGAUCGGGCAUGGUUUCCGAUGUGUUCCAUCAAUCACAGCUUCGUCAGCUCGUCGGUAGUAUGGGUAUCGGUCAUGUGCGUUACCCGACUGCUGGAAGCUGUGCCAAUUCUGAAGCCCAACCAUUUUACGUGAACUCUCCUUACGGUAUAGUUAUGGGUCAUAACGGUAAUCUGAUUAACGGACCCGAUUUACGCCGUUUCUUGGACAAGGAAGCUCAUCGCCACGUCAAUACAGAUUCAGAUUCCGAGCUUUUGUUGAACAUGUUUGCCUACGAGCUUCAACGUAUGGAUAAAUAUCGUAUUAAUGAAAAUGAUAUAUUUGAAGCUCUUCGUAACGUCUACGAUAGAGUGAAUGGUGGCUAUGCAUGUGUUGCCAUGAUUGCCGGUUUUGGCGUUCUUGGUUUCCGGGAUCCUAAUGGUAUUCGUCCUUUGGUUAUCGGCGAACGCGAUACCCCUCAUGGGAAAGACUAUAUGCUUGCUAGCGAAAGCGUUGUUUUGACUCAAUUUGGAUUCCGCAAUUUUCGUGACAUUCGUCCUGGCGAAUGUGUUUUCAUUCGUCGCCCUGAUCGCGAUGACCUUUUGUCGGGUCAAAGAGGUCCUACUCUCUUUAGUCGUCAAAUUGUCCCAUGCAAGCGCUUCCGACCUGAUAUCUUUGAAUACGUCUAUUUCUCUCGUCCGGACUCUGUCAUUGAUGGCCUUUCCGUUUAUCAAUCUCGACUUAACAUGGGUGAGAAGUUGGCCUACAACAUUAUGAAGCGCUUUGGCGAAGAUUAUGCUAGCAAGAUUGAUGCUGUCAUUCCUGUACCCGAUUCCGCUCGUACCAGUGCUUUGCAACUUGCACAAACAGCGGAGCUGCCCUAUGUUGAAGCAUUCAUUAAAAACCGCUAUAUUGGACGUACUUUUAUUAUGCCCGGCCAGCAAAUUCGUCGCAAAUCCGUGCGCCGUAAAUUGAACGUUCAGCUUCAGGAAUUCUUCAACAAAAAUGUUUUGAUUAUAGACGAUAGUAUCGUUCGAGGAACCACCUCCCGAGAAAUUGUUCAAAUGGCUCGUGAAUCUGGUGCUAAGAAUGUAUACCUCGCCAGUUGCGCACCCAUGAUCACUCAUCCUCACGUGUAUGGCAUUGAUCUCGCUGAUUGCAAAGACUUGAUUGCCUAUGGAAAGACCGAAUCCGAAGUUGCCGAGUCCAUUGGGGCUGAUGGUGUUAUUUACCAAUCUUUGGAAGAUUUGGUGGCUUCCUGUACUACAGAGAAUGUUUCAGACUUUGAACUUGGUUUAUUCACUGGUGAAUAUACUACCGGCGCCAGUACAGAGUACCUUGUUCAUCUUGAACAUAUGCGUAUGGUCAACAACCGCGCUCGCAAGAACAGUUUUGCUGAAGAUGAAGAGCGCGAAGCCCCUGACGACAUUUCCUUGCAUAACACGCAUUCUGAUGCUUCCCUUAACUAA